AAAACGGUUGUCAGCUGCUUUUUUACUUCGCUGUUAAGGCAGGUCAUGCAACAUCAGUUAACGACCAACACCGGCGUAGAAUAAGUGGAUUGCUUGAGUUUGAGAAUCGAAGAUUCGUGUUUGUUCCUGUUAAUUAAAUUUAAUGCAAUUUCUUAAAUGAUAAUUCCAUUUGUUACUGACAUAUCUCAACGAGUAAGCAAAAUUCUGCUGCCUUUGCAAUUUCUCAGCAACAACAUGAGCAAUCAGGUUGCAAACAAUGGAGACGAUGCGGCAGCUGGUAAUAGCGAAAAUUCCGAUAUCAAGCAUCCUGAGCGUCGUCACUCCGCGACUCCCAGUGAUGUGAUGGAUAUGGACCACUCUGUUGACGAUUCCACCAACUUGAGUGCUUACCGCAGAGAUCUAUCCGACGCUCAAAUGUGUCGCUUAGAGUUUCUGGAGGAUCAGUUUUUACAGUUCAAACAGUUUAUCGAGCAGCGCAAAGGUACUAAAAACCCGGCGUCAAAAGGAAAUACGAAAGAUUCCAACAAUAAUCAACCGGUCAAAAGGGAGAGAAAACGCGUGCAGCAGCAUAUCGGAAAGGAAAAGGACCUUUUGAAGGUUGGGGCAUACUUUACUACCUCACCGUCAUUCAUCAAUGGAGUAAUGAGAGAUUACCAAGUCGAUGGUUUGAACUGGCUCAUAUCGCUGUAUGAUAAGGGUAUCAAUGGAAUCUUGGCCGAUGAGAUGGGUUUGGGUAAAACGCUGCAAUCAAUAUCUAUGUUGGGUUAUCUGAGGCACCACAAAAACAUCAAAGGACCCCAUCUAGUUAUUGUUCCUUUAUCAACAAUUAACAACUGGAUUCGAGAAUUCCAACGAUUUAUUCCAGAUGUUCGAGUCUUACGGGGACAUUGUUACAAGCAAGAUAAAGGGCAACUGUACAAGACCCUGGCAGCAGGCCGUAGAUCAUGGGACGUUGUUGUUACAAAUUAUCAAUUUUUCGUUUCCGAAAAAACGCAUUUCAAACGAAUCAAUUAUCAGUACGUUAUCCUCGAUGAGGCUCAGCGUUGUAAAAAUGAGCACACACAAUUUUCAUCAUUACUACGACAAAUUACUUAUCGCAGCAUUUUAUUCCUAACUGGUACUCCAAUCAACAACAAUCUGCACGAACUAUGGGCAAUGUUGAAUUUGCUUCUGCCAGAAUUCUUCCGCGAUGCAGAGGAUUUCGACUCUUGGUUCAAAGUAGAGGACUGCAUUGAUCCAAAUCACGAACGCUCGUUGCGACUGAAAAAUAUCCUCCAGCCGAUUAUGCUUCGUCGUAUAAAAGCUGAAGUUGAACUUAACAUUCCACCAAAGAUAAAGACUACCAUCUUUAUGCCUCCCACGAGGGCAAUGAGGUAUUGGUCCAAAAAAGUGAUCAAUCGGGACAUUCAGCUUACUCGUGGUGCAGGAUAUAGUGUGAACUUUCAUAUGGCCAAUAUAUUCCCUUAUCUACGGCAGGUGACUUUACACCCAUACUUGAUGCCUGGUGCGGAACCGGAGCCCUUCGAGGAAGGACAACAUUUAGUAGAUGCCAGCUCACGGAUGAUCGUACUCGAUAAACUUCUUGCUCGACUGUAUAAACGCGGAUCACGGGUCCUUAUUUUCUCUCAGUUUGUAGUUCUGUUAAACAUUCUGGAUGAUUAUUUGGCAUGGAAGGGUUACAAAUAUUCACGUCUAACUGGAGAUACCAACACUGACGAACGACAAGUUCUGCUAGACGAUUUUAACGCUCCAGGGUCAGACAAGUUUAUCUUUAUGCUAACAACCCGUGCCGGAGGGGUAGGCAUUAAUCUCCCGACUGCCGACACUGUGAUAUUCUACGAUGUCGAUUGGAAUCCACAGGCCGAUUUCCAGGCAGAAGAUCGAGCCCAUCGCAUCGGACAAACUAAGCAGGUUCACGUGUUCCGCUUUAUCGUUUUGGGAACUGUGGACGAGAGUUUAUAUCGAUGCUCUUAUCUUAAGCAAGCACUGGAUAAAGCGAUUGUGAAGAAAAGUCUUGGGGAGGCGGAAAUAUCGUCCGCUAUCAAGCAUCACGAGGAGUACCUGCAAGUAGGAAGCAGCAUCGACGUGGCGGCUGUUGACAGUCAGUUGGAUAGCAUAUUUGAGGAAAUCGAUCGUGGUGCUCGCAAUCCAGAACAAGACACAUUAUUUAAAGAAGUUUACCUAAAAGGUACACUCAAACGACGUUUAUCUGAGGAGCGCGAGUUGGAUGCAAUCAAGCCUCCACCGGAACCGAUUCUACCAACUAUAGAUCUGUCCGGACCUGCCGGCUACGUAUAUAAACCUCGUAAGGCGAAAAAAGCUCGCUGUUAUAUAAAUGAAAAUUACAGCGAUGAAUUUUAAGCUUUUUUGUUACUUUUAUGUUUCUAAACAUGUUAUACCAGUUCUGAUAUUACUUUCUCACUGCCGAGUACAGUAUUGUUCUUUUGU